AAGUUUAAUCCUUCAGGUUGACCCCUCUUAUCUACUGAAGCUACUACUUAAACAAGUACAGUUCAGGCAUUGAAAUUCUCAGAAUACAAGGCAAUGGCCAACUUAAGCCUACUUUUUGCAACACUCUUGAUUUUAGAUAUCUUGCACAACUCUUGUCUGUGUUGCCCCCAAGAUCAGAAAGCAGCUCUCCUGGAGUUCAAGAGGUUGGUAGUUGGAGACUUGGGUAAUACUUCUGUGGAGAUGUCACUUGGAGGCUUAGAGACAUGGAAUUCUAGUACAGAUUGUUGUCAAUGGAAUCGAGUACGAUGCCAUUCUCGUUCAUCAUCACAGGAAGUUACUGGUCUUGAUCUUUAUUCUCUUUUGGCUUCAGUGGCGUUGAAAACCAGUUUCAGUUCCAGUGUUUUGACACCAUUGUUUCGUAUAAGAACUCUCAUGUUGCUUGAUAUAUCUGCCAAUUCUGUACAAGGUGAAAUUCCAGGAACUGGUUUUUCUAAUUUAUCCAACCUGGUGUAUCUUGACAUGUGGCAGAAUAGCUUCAAUGGUUCCAUUCCUCCUCAGUUAUUACAUCUGAGGCAUCUAGAGUACCUUGAUCUUAGUAAUAAUUUGAUCGAGGGGACAAUAAGUAACGAUGUCGUUGGCCUUAAGAGUUUGAAGCAGUUGAUCUUAGAUGAAAAUUUUAUCCGUGGAGAGAUUCCUGCAGGGAUUGGAAACCUCACAGAGCUGCAUAAACUGUCACUUCGUGGGAACAAGUUCUCAGGAUGGAUACCAUCGUCAGUGUUGCAACUGAGGGAGCUAGAAAUACUGGACCUGGAGAACAAUGCACUGUCUGGAGAGAUUCCAAAUGAUAUUGGAACAUUGGUGAAUAUUUCAACUCUGAAAUUAAACAAGAAUUCAUUGACUGGUGAAAUUCCACUAUCAUUUCAAAACAUGACCAAGUUAGAAGCACUUCACUUGGAUAACAAUCUUCUCUCUGGUGAGAUACCGACAUGGCUUUUCGAUCUUCAGGAGAUGAAGGAUUUGCACCUUGGAGGAAACAGACUUACAUGGAACAACAAUGUCACUCUGGUUCCAAAGUGUAUGCUACUUGAGUUAUCAUUGAGAUCCUGCAAUCUCAGUGGGCAAAUUCCUAUCUGGCUUUCCAAUCAGACUGCGCUUACAUUCUUGGACCUGAGUGAGAAUGAACUUGAAGGAGCUUUCCCUCAAUGGCUGGCUGAGCUAAAUGUUGGAACUCUUAUUUUAUCAGAUAACAGAUUGAUUGGUUCUGUGCCUCCUAGUUUGUUCCAAUCUCGAAACUUAUCAGUCCUUGCUUUAUCGAGGAACAACUUUUCCGGGGAAUUGCCAGAAACUAUUGGUGAGACCACUUCAAUCAUGAUACUUAUGUUGUCUAGUAACAAUUUUUCUGGGACAGUGCCAAAAUCCAUCUCAAAUAUUUACCGAUUGUUGUUGCUGGACUUGUCGAAAAACAGCUUUUUUGGUGAGUUUCCGGUAUUUGGUCCCAUGGCAUUACUUGCUUACAUUGAUAUAUCUUCCAAUAGAUUCUCUGGUCAGGUUCCAUCAACUUUUGGUCUGUACACAAUGAUGCUCUCACUGAGCGAAAAUGAAUUCUCCGGAAAGUUACCUCAAAAUCUAAGUGAACUAAGCCAGCUUGAACACCUUGAUCUUCAUGACAACAAUAUCACAGGAGAAUUUCCACCAUUUCUCUCACAGCUAUCCUCUCUUCAAGUACUUAAUCUCCGGAACAAUUCCCUGGAAGAUUCAGUCUCUGAUGAUCUAUCAACCCUCAGCAGUCUCCGAAUCCUAGAUCUCUCCAACAAUAAACUUACAGGAAAAAUCUCUCCAACCCUUGGAAAUCUCCUUGGAAUGAUAGAUACUCCUGAUACCCUAUCAAAACUUCCUGAAAUAUUCGCCUUUCCGGUUGAAAUCAACGACUUGGUAGUAAACUGGAAGAGGUCAAAACAAGGCCUCUCUAGCAACAACCUGGAGCUCUAUUCUUUUUUCGACCUGUCAAUGAACGGAUUAUCUGGUGAAAUACCAUCAUCCUUAGGCAGUCUUAAAGGGCUAAAACUCCUCAACCUCUCCUACAAUGAACUCCAGGGCAAAAUCCCCUCAACCUUGGGCGACUUGGCAAGUUUAGAGACCUUGGAUUUGUCACAUAACAGCCUUUCUGGUGAAAUACCAAAAACUUUUUCCAGGCUCCAGGAACUGAACACCUUAGACUUGAGUAACAACAAGCUGUCAGGAAAAAUUCCCGAGGGCCCUCAAAUGAACACACUGGUUGAACAAAACAUUUAUGCAAACAACAGUGGAUUGUGUGGCGUGCAAAUCCAGGUGAUCUGUCCUGAAGAUUUGCAGCCACCUGAUGAAUCCCAGGAGAGUAAGAGCAAUGAAACAAGAUGGUUUUCAUGGAUGGCUGCUGGGAUAGGCUACCCAGUUGGGUUCCUCUGGGCAAUUAUUAUUAUGUAUGUUGUUGGUUAUUUCAAUGUUGCUAAUCGGUUUCAUCAUAGACUAAGACUGUGCUUUGGAAAUUGUAAUCUGUAAUGUCUUGUAUGUGAUUUUGAAGUUCAAUAAUUGAAAGAAGUGUUGGGAAAAUUAUAUU